AUGGAGUUCACACCGAUAGAGACGGAGGGGUUGGUGAUGGAGGAGCUAAAUUCGGGAUUUAAGCACAUGCCUGUGGUUCUUGAUGAUAUGCGACCUGAUGAAGUUCUGGUGGAGAUGAAAUAUACUGGAAUUUGCCAUACCGAUCUCGUUGCUUCUGCCGGCGCAUACACUGUUCUCGACUUUCCCGCUGUGCCUGGCCACGAAGGAGCUGGUGUUGUCCGCGCAGUAGGGCCUGAAGUUAAGGACACAUCGCUCAAAGUUGGCGCGAGCGUGAUCCUGUCUUUCAACCACUGUGACAGCUGUGCAAAUUGCUCGGCAGGUCAUCCAGCGUGCUGUUCGAGAUUUGAGCAUCUUAAUCUCGCUGCAAAACGACUCGAUAACAGCAAUUCGGCGAAGCUCACAGAUGGCCGGCGCGUAUCAAGUCAAUUCUUCGGGCAGUCGUCCUUCCUGAAACUCUCUGUAGUCAGUCAACACUCAGUGAUUCAGUGUCCAUACCCAGAAAAUUUGGCGCUAUAUGCUGCAUUAGGGUGCGGAUUUCAGACCGGAGCAGGAACUGUCCUCAACGCUCUCAAGCCCUCUGUAGAUGAUUCCUUUCUCAUAUUUGGGGCCGGGACCGUCGGCAUCGCGGCGAUCAUGGCAGCAAGGUACUUGGGACUGCGACAGAUCAUCGUCGUGGACAUUGUCAACGAAAAGUUGGAGCUAGCUAAAGAGUUGGGAGCCACUCAGGUUGUCAACUCGAGAGAAGUUAAAGACAUCCCGUGUGAGAUCCAGAAAAUUACGGACGGAGGAGCUCGUUUUGCUAUCGAUUGCACCGGUGUAUCUGCAGUCAUCGAUAUGAUGAUCGAUUGUGUCUGUUGCCGUGGGACUGUCGGCGUGGUUGGCAGCCCUGACCCGAACUUUGUUUUGAAACUAGACCCAGUGCAUCUUUUGCACAACAAUAAGACUGUGAGGGGGAUUUGUCAGGGAGACUCUAUUGCCCAAGAGUUCAUCCCGAGAAUGAUGGAGCUGCAUCGAUCUGGUAACUUUCCCCUGGAGAAGCUCUGCAGCUUCUACGAUGUAAAAGACUUCGAACAGGCAAUAAAUGAGGUACGGAAUGGAAAGAUCAUCAAACCAAUCCUGAAAUGGAGUUGA